AUGGCACCUCCAGCUGAUGAUCCCAGCAUCAGAACAGGCGGACUGCAAAGUCAACUCGGCGCAGAUGGAAACCCCAUCGUCCAUCCCGUCGAAGUCGACGCGACCAACGGUCACGUCAACCCUCCGCCGCCACCGGUUCCUGACGUAGAAGCUCCCGUCACGACCGCCGCGUUAACCGCCGCCAUGCAAGGCUUUGCUGCUCAAAUUGCUUCUCAAUUCGCCGAGAUGCAAGCUCAGCAGCAAAAGUACAACGACAAGAUCGACUCCCUCCACGUCACCAGCGACGGACGAGUCAUCCCGACGGGACGAACUCUCUUCCAGACGCCGACAAGAAGCACCGCCGCGACUGGCUCCAAUGCCGCGACGAAUGGUGAGAAAGACACCGACCCGGAAGUGGCCAAGCUGCGCCGCGACCUCGACGCAAUCAGCUCCAAAGUGCACGACGCCUAUCAGCUCGUCACCCGAGAUUGCCAAAAUCCUCGCCGAGACGAAAAGGAGUCCUUUCACUCGUCGCAUCGCCGCGAUACCUCUAAAGGAUCAAACGGCCCUCCGUCUUCAGUUCUACAACAAUGGUGA